AUGCCUCUACGAUCACAGCAGCAGGGUCUGCCUGCGCCUCUCACUCCACAGCAGCAGAACAACUCGCAACUCUCGCCUCUCAACCCGCGUUACGCGCCUAGUGAGCAAUCCCCGAGCUCGAGGGGUCAUGACUCUGCCUCGUCGUCCAAUCAUGGCACUACCGCCGGCGUUGUUACCGGUCAGAUAGGAUCAGGCUUUGGUCCCUACUCGUAUAAUCCGAAUCCGACCGGCAAGUAUGGCGAGCCCAAGGUCGCCCAGAGCGCCUCGGGUCACUCGAGCAACAGCGAGCACAAUCACAGCAGCCAGCAACACACCAGCGACAAGUAUGGCUACGGCAAUUCUGCCAAGCAAGGGUUAUUAUGGACUGCCAAGGACGCAGAGAUGGAUGAUCAGCUACACGAUCCGAACGACGUCAGGAACGAUCGGAGCUGGACGAUCUACUCACGAAGAGGCUGGCUCAAUAUGACCGCCCUCCUGCUGCUCACGCUAGGACUGAUAGCCCUCUUUGGCGGCUUUCCCAUCAUCUCAUACUACACGCGACACCAUCAGACGACAUUAGGCGCAUGGAAUCUAGGCGGCGUCAAUGCGACCGGCCAGGUGCCAAUGAUACCCAACUUGCCAAGCUUGAUCGACGCGCAUACGCCUCAAGCUGCGCGGACGCGCAAAGGGUUUGACGGCAACAACUACAAUCUUGUCUUCAGUGACGAGUUCGAAGUCGACGGCCGCACAUUCUGGCCGGGCGAUGAUCCCUUCUGGGAGGCAGUCGACUUGCAUUACUGGCCCACUGGCGAUUACGAGUGGUACGAUCCAGAUGCGGUCACAACUGCAGGAGGCUAUCUGCAGAUCACAAUGACACAACAGUCGAUACACGAUCUCGCGUUUCGCUCUGGCAUGAUCCAGUCCUGGAACAAGUUCUGCUUCACUGGCGGCUACAUCGAGGUGUCGAUCUCGUUACCCGGCUCCUCGACCGUGCCCGGAUUCUGGCCGGGCGCGUGGACCAUGGCCAAUCUUGCUCGCGCUGGCUACGGUGCGACAUCAGAUGGCACAUGGCCAUACUCAUACAAUUCUUGCGACAUCGGCACGCUGCCCAACCAGACAAAUGUUGCAGGAACAGGUCCCGCCGCAGCCUUAGACGAUGGCUACGGUGGCGCACUGUCGUAUCAGCCUGGCCAAAGACUGUCAGCUUGCACUUGCAAGGGCGACGACCAUCCCGGUCCCAAUACCGCCACCGGUAGAGGGUCGCCCGAGAUUGAUAUUCUGGAAGCUCAAGUGGGACCGCGGAAUGGCGCCUUGCAAGGCGGUGUCAGUCAAAGUGCUCAGAUCUGUCCAUACGACGAUCAGUAUGAUUGGGAUCAGACGAACCCGGCCAGUCAGAUCUACAAUACCGCCAAUACCUUCUUCAAUACAUAUCAAGGUGGCGUGUAUCAAGAAGCAUGCUCAGCCGUCACCAUGAUCAAUCCAGACGCUUACGGCGGCCAAGCCUUUGAGUCAUAUGGCUUCGAGUACCAGCCCGGGCCGGCAGGUCAUAUCACCUGGUCAGUCGCCGAAACCGAGACUUGGACGCUCAACUCUGCCGCGAUCGGACCGAACGCGGCUACACAAGUCUCGCAAAGACUGAUCUCGGCAGAACCGAUGUACAUCAUCUUGAACUUGGGCAUGUCGCAAUCUUUCCAGGUUGUCGACUUUACCCAUCUCAAAUUCCCAUCGACAAUGUAUAUCGACUACGUGCGCGUCUAUCAACGAGAAGGACAAGAGAACAUUGGCUGCAGUCCAGACAGCAUGCCGACCGCAAAAUACAUACAAGAUCAUCUCAACGCAUACACUGACAACAAUCUAACGACUUGGGAAGGCGCAGGCUAUACUUUCCCAAGGAAUUCACUCAAAGCGGGUUGCUGA